AUGGAUAAAAACCGUACUUGUGGCUCAAUAAAUAUUCCUUUAGACUUUUGUCCAUGUCUUGAAUACGAAGAUCUCAACUAUGGUGAUAAAGAACAGAUGAAAAAAAUUGAUAAUAUAAUUUCUUUGGGAGUGACUAAAAUCAACGACAUGUUAACAGAAUAUAAUUUUAAUUCAGUAUGUCAUACCUUUGCUUUUAAACCAUCCAAAGCAGACAGCAAAAAUAUUACUGUAUCUUUUAAAAAUGGGUUUAUAUCGUCUGCAAAUGAAGUAUACACAAUCAUCGUUAAAGUAAAUGGAUAUAUGCCAGCCAAGAUUGAAGGUGAAUCUUUAAAUGAGUAUAGGGAAAAGUCCGCAAAACAA